AAGGUAUGAUUUGUCUGGUUAGCAUGCAAAACAACACUUUUCACUGUAUCUCCGUACAUGUGACAAUAAUAAACUAAUCAAAGAAAGAAAUCAAAUGUGUUUGUGGAAACUGAAAUGAUUAAGGGAUAGAAGAGACAGGAUGUGAUUGAAGUUGUGAAAUAAAUCCUCACCACAGUUCAUUAUGCUAAAAGAUUUAUCUGGUAGAUUUGCUGCCACCAUCCUCUCCCCUGAUUUGAGAUCUACAAGGUCUGCUUGGAUCAAUGUGGCAGAGGAAAACCACUUGGCAGUUGAAUAAUUAGGGGCUCUUGUCUUGAGUGAGAUGUAAUUUAUUGCAUGAUGGCAACUAGGUGCAAGCUGUUCUGGUGUGUUAGACAUUGACAUCGCCCUCAGUCUCUGUAGUAAUGUUGGGCCGUUGUCCUUUUCCCACUCAUCUGAGUCUAUGUGGCAUCCUCAUUGUGCGGUGCUUAAUUGUUAGUAUUAACUCUUUCAGACUGUUAUUCUGUUAUGAAACUUCUUGCCUUCUAGAUGUUCCCCAUCAUUAACAUGAUGAUUUGUGCAUAUAAUUACAUGUACUGCUAAGGCCCCACCCACCACUGACUUCAUAAAUCCAGGUGGUCGAGAGGUUUCCCUAUCCUCCCAGAGUACUUCAGACUCAUGUGAUUGUGAUUGUAAGGAGGUCAGUCUGCUGGACCUCAUAGUAUGAGUUUCCUAAUUGGGGCUGUUAAUCCAAUCGGAGUCCUGGCUGACAUAAGUGGAAGAGGAGAGUCAAACAUCCUGUACCCUCGGAGAACUGUAUCAGUGUCAAGGACGUUCUACAUGUAAAUGAAGGAUGCUGCCAGACCUACUGAAUUUCUGAAGCAUUCUCUGAUUGUCUGUCGUUUCCUGAUACAGACACUGUCUCCUAGUUAAACCUCAUGACGCACUAUUAGUAUCUCUAAACAUUGAGUGGUGCCUACAGAAAUCCUGCUGACACUAGCCUCCAGGAUGCAUCAGAUACCCUUUUGGAAACUGAGUGAUUCUGAAAACAUCUGUCCACUUUUUGGGGCAGGUUUCUACUUUUGGACUUAUUCAUCUUCCUCAUAAUCCUUUGGUCAGGCCUCACCAUGCAUUGGUUAACCACCUGCCAGAAAGGAGAGCACUCUACCAUGGAAGCUGUAUUUUUUCAGUGUUUGGAAAAGUCACACAUUUACAUGUGGUGAUGUGUGCUGCUCCAUUGAUGCUGAUCAAGGAAAAAGAAGCGCAAGCUUAACAAAAUGCAGUGUUUUAAAGCCCUCAAAAGGAUGGAAUGAUUGCCAGCUUCAGAGUCUAACAGUGCUUAAGGUGGAAGCUAGGGGGAAAGGGCAUGGCCAAACCCUUUGUUCGAGUACAGAGAUUUCUCCGGUGGACACCCAUACUUUUCGUUUUCCUCAUUGUGGCCUACCUGAUGGCUGGCAGCCUACUGCUACUGCAGCGAUCAGGUUUUUCCAUACAGCUAGGCCCACGUGGUGUCUCCAACAGUCAGCCAACAUCUGCCACAACUAUCCUAGACAAAGCUAUUUCAGAUCCUGAAACAGCAUACAGCCUGAAGUACAAAUCCAAAAUGCCAGUUAGCAUGCAGGUGUGGGACGAGCCAGUUAUGAAUAGGAAAUUUGGACCGCGUUGGCUGAUAUCAGGACAUCCUGAAAUUGGUCAUUUGAGAAGGAGGUGGUUUAACAGCUUUGUGAAGGAACAAGAGCCAAGGCAAAGACUGGAGAUUGGAACAGUAAAGAAAACAACUGGAAGUAAAGCCACUCACAUAGGAUGCUUCAGAGAUGAAUCAAAGGAGAAAGCUCUGAAAGGAGCAGUGUUUUAUGACUUUCGAAAAAUGACUGUUUCACAAUGUCAAGACAGUUGCGCAGAAAGAGGUUACCUGUACGCUGGUCUGGAAUAUGGUGCAGAAUGUUACUGCGGGAAUCGAAUUACUACAAGCAGCGCAAGGCAGGAAGAUUGCAACAUGGAGUGUAAAGGGGAAAAGCACACAGUCUGUGGUGGAGUGAACAGACUAUCAGUGUACAAAGUAGAAGAUCUCCGACCGAGCAACAAACGAUAUAGGAAUGUUCUCUAUCGAGGAUGUUUCAAGAUACCCAAGAAUUUAACUGCAACCUUCCCGGUCUACUCAAUCCAGCCUAACCUGACUGUUGCUAAAUGCACUGAGUUCUGCACGAAAAAGGAGUUUCCCCUCAUUGUCAUCAGGAGGAUUGAGUGUUACUGUGGAUUUGCCACAACUGACUUCACACUUCACGACAUUGCGAAUGACCAACUCUGUGGAAAACUAUCAAGUGACACUACAACUGAAUUCUUGGGUGAUGAAAAUUAUUGUGUUAUCUAUCAGACUCCUGUUCAAGACACCAGAUGUACAGAUAGGAAGUUCCUGCCGACAAAAACAAAGGUAAUGGUUGCUCUCUCCAGCUUCCCAGGUGCUGGCAAUACAUGGGCAAGGCAUUUGAUAGAACAUGCCACCGGAUUCUACACUGGAAGUUAUUAUUUUGAUGGAACGCUUUAUAACAAAGGUUUCAAAGGGGAAAAAGACUACUGGAAAAGUGGCCGGACUAUCUGUAUAAAAACUCAUGAGAGUGGGAAAAGAGAAAUUGAAACCUUUGAUGCUGCCAUCUUGUUGAUCAGAAACCCUUACAAGGCAUUGAUGGCGGAGUUUAAUAGAAAGCGUGCGGGUCAUCUGGGAUAUGCAUCAGAACGCCACUGGAAGAGUAAAGAAUGGCCUGAAUUUGUGAACACUUACGCCCCCUGGUGGGCCUCCCAUACUUUGGAUUGGUUGAAAUAUUGCAGUCGAGUGUUGGUAGUUCACUAUGAAGAUUUGAAGAAAAACCUGUUGCCUCAGUUGAAGCGGAUGGUGGAAUUCCUGAACAUUAGUGUGUCAGAUGACAGGCUGUUGUGUGUCGAAACACAAAAGGAUGGAAACUUCAAGCGAUCUGGGCUGAGGCAGAAGGAUUUUGAUCCAUUCACCCUUGAAAUGAAGAGUGUAAUUAAUAGUUAUAUAGAAAUGGUGGAUGAGGCUCUCAAAAUGAAAAAUCUCACAGGACUACCUGAGGAGUAUCUGCCCAGAUGAUAUAGCUAAAGAGGUAAACAAUGUAUCACCACUUCAAGCCUGAAUUCCUAAGUUACUGCCAGGCUGGUAACAGUAUUAAAAGAGCAAAAGAGAGCAUAAAGAUUAGGGUGUUGUAACAAGAAUAGAUCAAUAACCUCACAUGCUGUAGAGGACAGGAUCUUGGGUCUUGGAGAAGUGUGUCUUAUUUAAUUGAAUUGUGCAACACAAAAUAUUUUGACCUAAGUCCUAUUUUCAUGUGUCUCUGGAAUUUUUAUAGCACAGUUAGAUGUCCUGUAUCUCUUUCCAUUCCAGUAUGGUUUCUCACACAGCAAGACCGAAAUCCAAAAGUAUUUGUGGCCUAUUUACAGUAACGUACAAUUCAGUUUUUUAAGUCAUGUGGAAAUACUUUCCAACAACUCAUCCAGUCAUCCCCAUGAGGUGAUUGUGAAAAUAUUGACCAUUGCAUUACAUAUGUAAGUUAAAUUAUACAUGAGAAGGGAGCUGUUGACCUUUGUGAUUAAUGGUCUAUUGUAGCAGAGAUUCACUUGAAAAGGUUUAACUCUUUGUUUUACUGUGAAAAUAGUAACAGAAUUCAAUGAAAUAAACUCAAUGAAUGAUGUCUUCAAGCCUAGAAAUUACUGUUUGCUAUGAGAAUGCAUCUGUGUGAAAUUCUUCUGUCUGCUAAUUUAAUGGAAAUAUUAACUCAUUUAUUUUCAAUUAGUAGACAGAAGAAUACCAUACAAUUGGAUCAAAUGUUUGGACAUUAAAAUCAAAGAGUAAUUUUUAAGCUGUAAUAUCUGAAAAAUCCAGAUCUACUUAUACAUUUAACACUUUUUUUCCUUUCCUUAUUUGUUGUUUAAAUUGGAUCAACUCAUUAAUCUCCAGCGCAACUAUUUGCUUUAAAGUAAACCCGUAAAUGACCUUUCAAACAACGUGAUUGAAACUAAUUACAACAUUUCUGGUUCAUGGAUUUCCCUGCUUAGUUUCAGGAAAUAAUUUAAAACGUGACCAUGCUGAAGACAAUAAGCUGUAAAAGGUGACCUCAUGCAGCAUGUCUGGUUUUAGUGUUAUUAUCAGGAUUGCAUCAAAUACCUGAUAAUACUCACAAAAAGAGAAAUUGCUGGAGCAAUGCAACAGAUCUGGCAGCAUCUGUGGAGAGAAAACAGAAUUAAAGUUUCAAAUCCAGUGACUAUUCUUCAGAAUUGUAUACUAACUGUGGUGGCACGGUGGCUCAGUGGUUAGCACUGAUGUCUCACAGUGCCAGGGACCUGGGUUCGAGUGCCACCUUGGGUGACUGUCUGUGUGGAGUUUGCACAUUCUCCUCGUGUCUGUAUGGUUUUCCUCCCAUAAUCGAAGGAUGUGCAGGUUAGGUGAACUGGUCAUUCUAAAAAUGCUCAUAGUGUUAAAUGCAUUAGUCAGAAGUAAA